GCAAGUACAUUUCCUAGAAGGCCUUGAUCACCACUCUCCAAAGUAGUGUUCCGAGCUGAUAGCCCAAUUAUGUAGAGCAGCAUUUUGCAAGUUCAGUUCUGUUGGGUGCUUGCCCGCUCAGCUCAUACUGAACUUCCGAUUGUUACUGGCGAAGACGAGCCGACAUCGAGCUCGCACGCAGCAGCUGCUGGUGGACACUGAGGUCGCUCGCAGCAUCUGACGACGUGCGAACUAUGGCUCCACAAGGUCAAGAGUCUGCCUUCUCGGUUCCUGGCGAUGAAGCUACCGAUCUGAAGGGUAACAAGUUUGCACUUCCCGUGGACUCCGAACACAAAGCGAAGACACUUCGCCUGUACUCGUUUGCAUCACCGCACAUGCUAACCUUUCACUUGUCAUGGAUCUCUUUCAUGACCUGCUUUUUUUCCACAUUUGCCCCGCCUCCUCUCAUGCCCGUCAUCCGAGACAACCUCGACCUGACAAAGGUAGACAUUGCGAAUGCUGCCGUGGCCUCAGUCUCAGGCUCGAUCAUCUCCCGCCUGCUGAUGGGAACCAUCUGUGAUCUCGCGGGUCCUCGCUACGGAUGUGCGAUCCUGAUCAUGGUGACAGCUCCGGCUGUUUUCUGCAUGCCGCUCGUCAACAGCAUUACGGGGUUUAUCAUGGUGCGGUUCUUCAUUAGCUUCGCUCUGGCAACAUUCGUGUCGUGCCAAUUCUGGAUGAGCUCCAUGUUCAACAGCAAGAUUGUGGGCCUGGCGAACGGCACGGCUGCUGGCUGGGGAAAUGUGGGAGGCGGCGUGACUCAGCUGGUGAUGCCGUUGGUUUUCAGCCUCAUCCAGCACCAAUUUGGAGCCGAGUACUUCACGGCCUGGCGUCUCGCCUUCUUCGUUCCGGGUGUGAUGCACGUGGUGAUGGGGCUCCUCGUGCUCACUCUGGGACAGGAUCUGCCGGAUGGAAACUACGCAGCUCUGAAGCGCUCAGGAAACAAGGUCCCGGACACAUUCGGAAAGGUUCUGUAUCACGGCGCCACGAACUACAGGACGUGGAUCUUCACAAUCACGUACGGUUACUGCUUGGGAGUGGAGCUGACGGUCGAUAACAUCAUCGCAGAGUACUUCUACGAUCGGUUCGACGUCAAUCUGUCCACGGCAGGGAUCAUCGCGUCCACCUUCGGAUUCAUGAACAUUUUCGCUCGACCAGCUGGUGGAAUCAUCUCUGACUUGAUGGCGCGCAGGUUCGGAAUGAGAGGCCGUCUGUGGGCUCUGUGGAUUAUCCAAACGCUCGGAGGAGUUCUGUGCAUCAUUCUGGGAAUCACUCACCAGCUCACCAGCUCCAUUGUUGUGAUGCUCAUCUUCUCCGUCUUCGUCCAGGCGGCUUGUGGAGCCACGUUCGGUGUGAUUCCGUUCAUCUCUCGAAGGUCGCUGGGAAUAAUCUCGGGUUUCAUUGGUGCCGGAGGAAAUGUUGGGUCCAUUCUCACUCAGGUUCUGUUCUUUUCGAGCUCCAAGUACUCGACGGAGACGGGUAUCAUGCUGAUGGGGGUGAUGACAGUGGCGUGCACUUCUGUCCUGUUCUUGGUGUACUUCCCGCAAUGGGGAGGUAUGAUCUGCCCUCCUAGAGUCAAAUCCACGGAGGAAGAUUACUACGGUGGAGAGUGGAAUGCCGAGGAGCACGCUGCUGGUCUUCAUGAGAGCAGCCUGAAAUUUGCAGUCAAUUCGAGGUCAGAGAGAGGAGCCAGGAGGCAAUCAGUGGAAUCUACCCCUGCGUGAGCACAUAUAGAACCAAAUUGAAGUAGCUAACAGUACUCAUCGAAGCGAGCUCCACUGGAGUUUCAGGUUUAUGUUCGCAUUCCUGGCGUAGAACAUUGGCGCGCUACAUUUGAUUCAUUUAGCAAGAGCUGUCUCAAGUCAGGAGUAUUCUUAUCAAUGACCGACUGGGAAU